UCCUAGUGAAAUCUCUUAAAAGACUUAUAUUUAGGAACGGAGGAAGUAGUAGCAUAUUUACAUGUGCCCAGCCUGCUUCUACACUAGUCUAUUUACAUGUGCCCAGCCUUCGCAGUAGUAAACCCACAGCCAAUACACACAAACCAACCACCAAGCUUGCCAAUGGAGGCGACUACGCUGAGCGUUGGCAAGUCCGUGCUGAAUGGUGCAAUUAGCUACGCCACAUCUGCCCUGGCGGAGGAGGUGGCUCUCCAGCUCGGAGUCCGGCGUGACCAGGUUUUCAUCACCAAUGAGCUCGAGAUGAUGCAGGCUUUCCUCAUGUCCGCUCACGACGAAGGAGAUGACAACAGGGUGGUCAAGGUCUGGGUGAAGCAAGUCCGUGACGUCGCCUACGAUGUCGAGGACACUCUCCAGGAAUUCGCCGUGCGCCUCAAAAAGCAGUCUUGGUGGCGUAUCCGGCGCAACCUACUCGAUCGGCGCCAUGUGGCAAAGCAGAUGAAGGAUCUCAGAGCCAAUGUUGAGGAUGUCAGCCAGAGAAACAUGCGCUACAACCUCAUCAAGGGCUCUGGAUUCAAGGCCGCCAUGGCUGCAGAGCAGCCUAGCAUUACUUCUGCUUCACUUUUUGGCAUUCAUGAAGCAAGGCGCAUGUCAAGGCAAGAGAAAUCCAAACUGGAUCUUUAUCAGCUGAUCAACCAGAAGGAGAGUGGCCUUAGGGUGAUUGCGGUGUGGGGAACAAGUGCUGAGCUCGGGCAGAUAUCCAUUGUCAGAGGAGUCUAUGAGAAUCAAGAAACUAAAGGCAACUUCCCGUGCAGAGCCUGGGUCAGGCUGAUGCAUCCUUUUAAUGCAAAAGACUUCAUUCAGAGUAUGGUGGAGCAAUUUCACAUGGGUGUAGGUGCUAAAGCUCUGCUUCAAACAGAGAAGACGGCACAAGAGCUUGCUGAGAAGUUUGAUGAGUUCGUGAGAGGGAGGAGGUACCUGAUCGUGAUUAAUGACUUAAACACCAUUGAGGUGUGGGAUCGGGUUAAAAGUUGCUUCCCAAAUGACAACAUGGGGAGCAGGAUCAUAGUGUCCACUGCUCAAGUAGAAGUUGCAAGCUUAUGUGCAGGGCAAGAAAGCAUAGUAUCAGAACUCAAGCAAUCUUCUGGUGAUGAUAAUAUUUAUGCUUUCCACGAGAAGGUCUCUCAAGAUGGAACAGAUUUAACUAAGACAAAAUCAAGCUCAAACCGUGUUAUUACCAGUUCAGGUACCGGCCCUACGGUGCCCAUGGGUGAAAUAUCAGAAGACCAGUCCAAGGGUGCAGAUAGAAAAGAUGCAUUAAAAAAGAGCUUCACCCGCAGUAGGACAAUGGCGACUGUGUUGGAGGAAUCUCACCUUAUUGGCCGAGAGAAAGAAAUAGUUGAGAUUAUCAAACUAAUUUCAGAUCAACCUACCCAAGAACUCCAGGUGAUCACCGUGUGGGGAAUGGGCGGUCUCGGAAAAACCACUCUAGUCAAAGAUAUUUAUGGAAACCAAGAACUUAGUGCCAUGUUUGAGAAGCGUGCUUGGGUGACUGUUAUGCGUCCUUUCAAUCUUGAAGGUCUUCUUAGGAGCUUGAUUAUGCAACUAGAUAGAGAAUCAUCUGAAACAAAGACUGUGGUGGGUUUGAUGGGCAGCACAAGGAACACAUUACUUUUGAUGCCAUUAUUAUCAUUGAUUGAGGAGAUGGGAAGGCUUACAGAAAAGAAGAGGUGCUUGAUUGUUCUUGAUGAUGUAUCAUCUAGUGCAGAAUGGAACAUGAUAACACCAAAUUUCCAUGGAAUGGAAUAUACAAGCCGGAUCAUGGUCACCACAAGGGAAGAAAAUUUAGCUAAACUUUGUUCACGGAGACAAGAAAAUAUAUACAUGCUCAAAGAUCUAGACCACAAGGAUGCACGUGACCUCUUCACCAAAAAGGUAUUCAAGGAGACUACUGACUUGGAUUUGCAAUAUCCAGAUCUAGUUGAACAUGCAGAACUGAUUCUGAGAAGGUGCGGUCGACUCCCCCUUGCGAUAGCCACCAUAGGUGGCUUCUUGUCGAACCAACCAAAAUCCUCUUUGGAAUGGAGGAAAUUGAAUGAUCAUAUCAGCGCUGAGUUGGAGAUGAAUCCAGAGUUUGGGACCAUAAGAACUGUCCUUAUGAGAAGUUAUGAUGGUUUGCCUUAUCACCUCAAGUCUUGUUUCUUAUAUAUGCCCAUCUUUCCUGAAGAUUACAAGGUUGGACGGGGACGUUUGACACGUAGGUGGAGUGCGGAGGGUUACUCAAGGGAGGUGCGUGGCAGGUCUGCGGAGGAAAUAGCAGAUAGCUACUUCAUGGAACUUAUAAGCAGGAGUAUGAUCCUACCAUCUCAGCAAUCAAUUUGCAGCACAAAAGGAAUUAGUUCCUGCCAAGUCCAUGAUCUUAUCCGUGAAAUUGGUGUCUCAAAGUCCAUGAAAGAAAAUCUUGUCUUUACACUUGAGGAUGGUUGCAGCUCAAACAGCCAGACCAUGGUGCGCCACCUGGCUAUAAGCAGCAACUGGAAGGGAGAUAAGAGUGAGUUUGAGAGCAUGGUGGACAUGUCCCGUCUGCGGUCAAUUACAUGUUUUGGAGAGUGGAGGUCAUUUUUUGUUUCUGACAAGAUGAGGUUGCUACGGGUGCUGGACCUACAAGAUACAACAGGUCUAGUUGAUCAUCAUCUUAAUCAUAUUGGGAAGUUUCUUCACCUAAGGUACCUUUCCUUAAGAGGAUGUGAUUAUAUUUUCUACCUGCCAGAUUCACUGGGCAACCUGAGGCAACUCGAGACGCUAGAUGUCAGGGGUACUAGGAUUGUCAAGUUGCCAAAGAGCAUCAUCAAACUUUGUAAGCUGAACUAUCUUCGAGCUAGCAAAAAACCGAUUAAUGAAGAUGUCUCGUAUGAAGAAUUUAUGGACUUUCCUAAGGUAAUGGAGAAGUGUCCGUGCCAUUUGUGUCUCCUGACGGUGCUGUUUUGUUUAGUGUGCUGUGGACCUCAGUGUUUCGCUGAGGGUGACGAAUACCGCUAUGAUGCAUGCACUGUCUUUUGCUGUCACUUCUUCCUUGGUGUUGCAAUGAGCCUAGAUAUGUAUGGUGUUCUAGUGCCAAGAGGGAUGAGGAAACUGAAAGCCCUGCACACAUUGGGUGUUGUGAACAUCGGACGACGAAGGAAGGUCGUUCUGCAGGACAUAAAAAGGCUCACUCAAUUGCGCAAGUUGGGAGUGACUGGCAUCAAUAAGGAAAACGGGCAAGAGUUAUGUUCAGCAAUUGUUGGCUUGAGCCGCCUAGAGUCAUUGUCAAUCCGGUCAGAGGGGGAGCCAGGUCUAUGUGGCUGCUUGGAUGGAAAGUUCUCGUUUCCUGAGACACUACAGAGCCUCAAGCUUUACGGCAACCUGGUCAAACUGCCAGAAUGGGUCCAGGGGCUUAAGAAUCUGGUGAAGCUGAAGCUGCAGCGCACCAUGUUAUCAGAGGACAAUGACGCAAUGCAACUCCUUGGAAAGCUACCGAACCUGGUCUCCUUGCAUCUUUUGUGGAAGUCAAUCUGUGAGGGAGAAGUGUUAUGUUUCCACGAGGGGGCAUUCCCAAGCCUGGUGUUGCUGGAAAUUGGUAGCUAUGUAUCUGUCAAGUUUGAGCACGGAGCAAUCCCUACGCUUGAGCUGAUCAAGCAUUUUGGUGUGCGAGUCAACAGUGACACCCUUUCGGGGCUACCCUAUCUUUCAAGCCUCAAGGAAGUUGCGCUGGAAGGUUACUACAAUGGCUCUGAAAUGGCAUACCUGAGGGCUGAGCUUGCCGAGAAUCCAAAUCGACCCGUCCUCAAGACGGUCUGAUCUUGAUCCAGAGUUAAGCUAUUCUGGGAGUAUUUUUAUUUCAAGGCGAAGCUGGGAUGUCUGUUGUACUGUAGUAUUUCCCAUGUUAUAUCCGUGAGCCGUUUGCUUGUGGUACCAACUAGUCGAGGAAUUUCCACUGGUGCUGGUCACUUGGUGUGUGUUCAUGUAAACCAGUACAGUUGUAACAGUAAUUAGAACACCAGUGUGUGCAUGUAGUACUGUUUACUGUUUUAUCAGUGUGUAUUGAUCUGGGAGGAGGAUCAUGUCAAUUCAGUAGUAACUCUGCAGUGCAAGUCGAGAAAAUGCUAUCCACUGAGCUAGAUAGAGUGGAGUUUGUUGGUAAUUAGUAGGACUAUUUCCUUGAUGAUGAGUACGUGAGUAGAAGCUCUUUGAGGUUAGGCUCAAGCAUGGGGCUUGAUAGUUGUACCCGGUGGCAUACAGAAACAGAAGAGAGGUUGUGCAA